AUGUAUGAGAUUUACAUGGAGACCUGUGGGCAAAGUGCUCAGAACCAAGUCAAACCCGCCACGUUUGGGAAGUGUGAAAAUCAUUCACCAAUAAAGACAGACCCAGUCGGAUUGCCUUUGUCUGAAUUCAGGAGAUGUCCACUCUGGGAGCAAGAACUGGCAAAAAAGUACUCCUACAGAACGAUGGCCUUUCUUGCUGAUGAAUACUGCAACUAUUGUCAAGACAUUUUACAAAACGUGGAGGACUUGCUUACUUCCUUCUGGAAAUCUCUGCAGCAAGACACAGUCAUGCUGAUGUCAUUGCCUGACAUGUGCCAGCUCUUUAAAUCCUACGACGUACAGCUGUACAAGGGAAUUGAGGACAUUCUCCUUCAUGACUUUUUGGAAGAUGUCUCGAUUCAGUACCUGAAAUCUGUCCGGUUAUUUAGUAAGAAAUUUAAGCUGUGGCUACUUAAUGCUUUGGAAGGUUUUCCAGCCCUCCUACAGAUCUCCAAGCUCAAAGAAGUUACCGUGUUUGUCAAAAGACUGAGAAGAAAGACAUACCUUUCCAACAUGGCAAAGACUAUGAGAAUGGUGUUGAAAAAUAACCAGAGGGUCCACAUCCUGAAGUCAGACGUACGUGCCAUCAUUAGUCAAGGGCUUCCGGAUAUUUCUAAGAAAGCCCUGCCGAGUAACCUGAGCUGCGUGGACGAGCUGGAGAAGAACACGGAGAUGAAAUGUUUAAGCAGUUUGAUUUCUUUGCUGGGGACGUCAACAGACCUCAAUGUAUUCCUGAAUUGUGUAUCUUCAAAUCUCCAAGCAAUCGUCUUCCAGCCAAGCAGAAGCAAAGAGGAGUUUAUCGAAUUGGCCGCCAGCUUCCAGCUAAGAUGGAAUUUUCUUCUCACCGCUGUGAGCAAAGCCAUGACCCUCUGCCACAGAGACAGUUUCGGCUCCUGGCAUCUGUUUCAUUUGCUGCUUCUGGAAUAUGUGAUCCAUAUUCUCCAGUCGUGCAUAGAAGAGGAAGAGGAGGACAACGUGGGAAACUUUAAGGAAAUGCUCCCAGAUGACCAGUCUCUCAUCCAGCCAGAUGAGGCAAUUGUCCACCCUCCAGAUUCUUUACCAACUCAAGACUAUGAAAGUCCAAGUGUGGAUCCACCCUGGGUGUCGCUGAAACACGUGAGCCAGAGCCGAAGUCCCGUGGGUGUGAGCAGUGUGGCUCUCAGUGUCCUGGGCUUCCUGGUCGACACUGCCACGGGCAAUAAGCUCAUCCAGGUGUCAUUGGAAGACAGAGCCACCGAGAGCACGGUCAAACUCAGCCUUCCUCUGGGACAGGAGGCCCUUGUGACCCUGGAAGAUGGACAAAAAUUUGUGAUUCAGAUAUCAGAUGUACCCCAAAGCUCUGAACAUAUUUCUUUCGGGGAAAGCAAUGCUGAUAUGUAAGAUUAUUUAUUUGAAUAGGACAUGGGAAAGUAUAGAUUUUCAUUCUUAAAAAU